GCGUUAUUUGUUGUUGUUUUCGUGUAGCGUAACAGGACAGUCGACAUCUUUGGACUCCGAAGUUCUGGAAAAGGUUCAUUUGAGCGCAAUCCGUUUUUCCAUGAUAAUUGAUUUGCUGACGCCAUAAACAAGCGGGGAUUUUGGCCGUGGUCUGAAAUUGAGUCGAACCGUCUUUAAGCUGUCUUAAAAGCUUCAAGGCUUUUCUGGUGUCGUUGUGUCCAGAUGGCGAGUCAGUACCAGCGCUUGGUUCCGCUGGAGGUGAGGAGAGCGGAAGGAGAGCGUGUCCGGGCCAAGCACCCUGACAAGAUACCGAUCAUCGUGGAGAGGGCCCAGAGGUCACGUGCUCCCGAACUCGAUAAGAAGAAGUACUUGGUGCCCUCAGAUUUAACAGUGGGCCAGUUGUGUUUUCUCAUCCGCCAGCGUGUGUCGUUGAGACCAGAGGAGGCGCUCUUCUUCUUCGUCAACAACUCCAUGCCCCCCUCCAGCUCUCCUCUCUCUGCAGUCUAUGAGGAACACCAUGAAGACGACAUGUUUCUCUACCUGACCUACAGCAACGAGAGCGUCUACGGCGCCUGAAGGGACCACGCCUCCGGGUUGGCGACAACGAGAAAGUGGGGAGAAGGAAGACGCCGUUAUUAAUAUGCCUAAAAUCAUGUAUGAGUAAAUGGCGCAGUGGGUAAAACAGGCUAAAGGUGGCAGUUUCAUUUAUUAUUAAAUGUUUACUGUACUGUCUUUUUU